GAAACUUUUGACAAUUUUGAUUAUGUUCCUAACGAUUAUGAUGAAGAUUUAGAGAGUAUAGCUUUUGCUAGAAGUCUCACAUCAGAAAGUGUUACCAGAAGCAUUGAAAGUGAUAAUAACAAUGAUUUAUUAAAUUAUGAUAUUAAAAUGCCUUUUCUUUUUAAUAAUGACAAUUUUGAAAAAGCAAGAGAAUUUGUAGAAAAAGAUGUAAAUAAGGAUAUAUCUUUAUUAAAAGAUAUCAAUUAUAAUACUGAUUUCGAUACUGAAACUGAUAUUAACACAUCAACUUCAAUAUUUGAUUCAGAAUCAACAACGUUAGGAUCAACUUAUGGAGACAAAUAUUUUAUUAAAAAUGCAACAAAUGCUAGUGAAUCGUUAUUAGCAUUGUCCUAUCAGUAUCCUAAUUAUGUCCCAUGA